UUGACGCACCGACGUCUUGUUUGUGAUGCAGCGCGGGAGUUUCAUUUUGUGCCUCAUUUUAUUUUUUGCUAAUUUUACUCUUUCAAAAAUGUAACUUUAUUUCCGCGGUUAUUCAUUUUAUACUCAUCUAACGCCUAAUACACCGCUAAUGUUUGUGUCCUCAGACUCUGACCUCCACUGGACACUGAAACCCACAGAAUGGCAGCGACACCAGUGGAAUAUACCAUAGGAGGGGUGAAAAUAAACUUCCCCUGUAAAGCGUAUCCCUCUCAGCUGGCCAUGAUGAACUCUAUCAUUCGUGGACUUAACAACGGGCAGCACUGUCUACUGGAGAGCCCCACUGGCAGUGGCAAGAGUCUUGCUUUGCUUUGUUCGGCCCUUGCAUGGCAGCAAGCUCAGUUUGUUAAGGAGCAAGAUGCAGGCACUGGAUUUGCUGACUGUAAGAAAUCAGAAGUGGUUACUCCAUGUCAGUGUGCAUGCCAUAGCCGAAAUGCACAGUCCACUUUCAACACCAGAGCAUCCAGACCACCUACAGUUCAUCUUACGUGUGAAGGUACUUCCGCUCAGCCUACAACCCCUCUCUCAAAAGGAGGCAAAAGUGACCAACAUAAAAAGCCCAGUUUGUCCUCCCGUCUCUCUGAAAAACUUCAAGCCUCGCUUAACAAUGGAGAGCAUGAUGAUGAUUUUAAGAAUGACAGGAAGCGUAUUCGUACACCAGGCACAGAGCAGAAGAUCAGCAAGCGAAGAUGUCUUGAGAAAGGAGUGAUUUACAUUGACGACGACGAUGAAGAAGAGGAGAGUUUGGAGAGACCAGUGCCUGGGGCUCAGACUUGGACCAUGGAAUUGAACAACGGAGCCAGAGCUGACAGUUGCCAGUCGCAGCCGCAGUGUUGUUCCCCCGUGUCUUGUUCUCUCUGUCCUUGCGCCAACCUCAAAGCGGGGCAAAAAAUGGCUGAAAUGUCCAAGGACAAUGAGAAAGACAAAGAUGGAAGCGGGAAAAAAAAGAUCCCAAAGAUCUUCUUUGGCACUCGGACUCAUAAGCAGAUCACACAGAUUGCUAGGGAGCUGAAACGAACGCUUUACUCCACCGUGCCCAUGACGAUACUGUCCAGUCGAGACCACACCUGUGUCCAUCCUGAAGUGGUUCCUCAUGCCAACCGCAACGAACGUUGCAAGGAGUUCCUGGAGGCCAAGAAUGGUCGGUCAUGCCGGUACUACCACAAUGUCCAUAAAAUGCGUGAUCAGAGCACUUUACAGUGGGUUCAUGGUCUACACCAGGCCUGGGACAUUGAAGAACUGGUGCGUCUUGGUGGUAAACUGCGGUCUUGUGCUUACUAUGCAGCUCGGGAGCUCAUGCAAGAGGCCUGCAUUGUUUUCUGUCCAUACAACUACUUGCUGGACCCCCUCAUUCGUGAAAGUAUGGAAAUCAAUUUGAAGGAGCAGAUUGUGGUGUUGGACGAAGCUCAUAACAUCGAGGACUGUGCCCGUGAGAGUGCUAGUUUCACCCUGAACCAAGCUCAGCUGUUGCUGGCACGUGAUGAGAUCGAUGGAAUGGUGACACACAACAUUCGGCGUGAUCAACACAGGCCUCUGUUGGCCUUCUGUUGCAGCCUCACCAAUUGGGUGCAGGAAAGCUGUGGUGGCUUAGAGGAACGUGAAUAUGAGUCUUCCUGUAAGGUGUGGACGGGUGUGGAGGUUCUUGGCAUCUUCCGUGGCCUUGGUAUUACAGCAGACACCUUUCCUUUGCUGCAGAAAAACCUGGCAGCGGUGCUGGAGAAGGAGGAGCGAGUCGGGCUAGUGAACGGGAGAGAAGAGACUGUGCAGGUUCCCACCAUCAGCUCCAACACUCAGUCAAUGCUCAAAAGCCUCUUUAUGGUGCUGGAAUUUCUUUUCAGACAAAAUUGCAGGUUUGCAGAUGAUUACCGUGUGGCCCUCCAGCAGAGCUACAUGUGGACCACCCAGCAGGACCUGCCAGAUGCGCAGGGCUUUUUUGCACGACCCCAUCGUCGCCGACAAAGCAACCGCACCAAAACACUAGUGCACACACUAAGCUUUUGGUGCCUCAACCCUGCUGUGGCAUUUUCAGAUCUGAGCAGUACAGUGCGGAGUAUCGUGCUCACUUCAGGAACCCUCUCUCCUAUGGGCUCCUUUUCCUCAGAACUGGGCAUCAAAUUUUCCAUCCAGCUGGAGGCCAAUCAUGUCAUCAACAAGUCACAGGUCUGGGUUGGUACUAUUGGUGCAGGGCCUCAGGGUCGUAAACUUUGCGCCACAUUUCAGCAUGCAGAGACAUUUGCUUUCCAGGAUGAAGUAGGAGCCUUGCUGUUGAAAGUGUGCCAUACAGUGAGUCGAGGGGUCCUAUGCUUCCUGCCAUCUUACAAGAUGUUGGAUAAACUGCGGGACCGAUGGACGAACACGGGUCUGUGGGAUAAGCUUGAGGAGUGCAAGACUGUGAUUACCGAGCCCCGUGGUGGUGGCAAGGGUGACUUUGAUGAGCUGUUGCAGACAUACUAUGAGGCAAUUAGAGGAACGGCAGCCAAGGGUGAAAAAAGAGAUGGAGCGCUCCUGGUAGCUGUUUGCAGAGGGAAGGUGAGCGAGGGCUUGGACUUCACAGAUGACAAUGCCAGAGCUGUGGUUACCAUUGGUAUCCCGUUCCCUAAUAUUAAGGAUUUGCAGGUUGAACUGAAGAUGAAAUACAAUGAUAAGCAUGCAAAGUCAAGAGGGCUCCUUCCUGGUGGGCGCUGGUAUGAGAUUCAAGCCUACCGAGCAUUAAACCAAGCACUCGGAAGGUGUAUUCGACAUCGAAAUGACUGGGGGGCACUUAUACUCGUAGACGACCGGUUCAGGACAAACCCAAACAAAUACAUCACAGGCCUGUCAAAGUGGGUGCGUCAGCUAGUGAGACACCAUGACACCUUCACUGGCGCCAUGCAGUCCCUGAAGUCCUUUUCUCAAGGCCAGCGGGGGGCAGUAGAGACCUUUGAAGAGCCACAAUCUCAGGCUGCCCCUCAGUGCCCCAGUCCUUCCACUGUUUCCUCACCCCCUCUUGAGAUAAUCACCCCCUGCAAGCCCGCUGACCCUCAACCUCUACAGCUAAACUUGCACAUUGAGGUGCAGACGGACAACUCUGAGAGCAGGGCUUCUAAGACAGGUGAUCAAAAGAAUAUCCAGCAUCCACCUAAGCCAAGCCGAGAACAUAAUGUCCAGAGAACGCCAUUGUCUACAAACCAUCUCUUCACCUCCACGCCAGUCAGUAGCCAGUUCAAGACUCCCAUUUUUCAAUCCGAGCAAAAUGCAACUUCAUUAAACAAGCAGCAAGCUCAGAAGGAAGUUAUUCCUGUGACACCAAAACACCAAAUAAAUGGUGACCCUGACCAAAAUGAGACUUCAUUUGAACCUCAACUUGAGCAGAUUUUUGUAAUUCCAAACUUAAAGCAGAACACCAGUGUUACAGAUCUUGAAGACACCAAAGAGGAUGAGCAAAGUAUCUUCUACAGUCCUGAGCUGUUCGAAGGGGGCGAGGAGGAGAAGGAAGAGGAUAUAGAAGUGGAAGAGAAAUCUUCUCUUCAGGCGGAAGUCAAGAAUCCCGCAGCUAAUAGCACAGCCAGUGUUCUUUUAGAGGACCUGUUUGGUUCAGAGCAGGGCAGUACAGAGCAGACAGGUUUAAGCUGUAGCCCAGAAUUUGAGAACUUUCCUGCCUCUCAAAUUGACGCCAGCAGUAGUCGAUCAAGUAGACUGUCCAGAUCUAAGAAAAGAUUCAGCACGACAGCAGCAUCAGGUAAACUUACCAGCUAUUUUAUAAAAAAUGUGUCUCCAACCACUCAACCGAGCAUAAUCACAAUUGAUGACUGAUAAUUUUCAGCUUUGUGUACGACAGAAAAGAGCCUAUCUAUGUUUCUUGUCUUAAUUAACUCAUCUGUUGUGUCUUAUUUGGAGUAAUAAUGUACAAUUUUAUUUAGCCCCCACCAAAACAAACUUGGCUUUUCUGAUUGGUUGACUAUGUUCUUAAAUAUGUGUGUGUGUGUGUGUGUUUUAUUAGAAUUAUUAAAAUAAGUGACAAGCUCAUCCUCGACUG